AUGGAGCCGAAAAGGCGCUUGAUCAUCAUCCCUUUGACAGUGUGCUUACUAGCACCGGAAUUUUACGUCUUAUUACUGAACGAAACAUCAAGGUUCUGCCCCGCAAAUUUAUUAAAUUAUCUCAUUGCUGAUGUGACUUUUACAACUCUUAUGCUCGGUUUCUGUUUCAUAUUGUGCCAAAUGGACCCACUUGUAUACCAAAUUAAAAUUGCCUUCCACAUUUUUGGUGUAUUAGAUGCAGCGAUGGGUAUAGCAAUAACCAUUGCAUUGGCUAGUACUAAUGCCAGUACUUGCAGAGAUAAUACUACGACAUUAUACUACGCUUGUUUAAUAUUGGCUAUAUUACAUAUUGCAUCCUUAGGGCUGGUUGUAUUCCUAACACCAUUUUGGGUUGCGAACUCCGUUUGGGCAUUAUCCGUCCUUAAUCCUAGGCAAAGACGUGGCGUAUGCUAUGAGCCAGUUAAAUGUUGUACUUGUCUCUGGCAUGUGUAA